AUGGCGGAAUUUAGCGCGGAAUGUAAUAGUGACAGCAAGGUUUUAACAGAGCAAAAUAGCGAUAAGGUCGAAGUUAUCGAAAGAAACAAAUCUGACAGCGUAAAGCUGAGAGAAGAAGAUGUACCAGGAGCAAUUUUACCUCGGGAAAUACCAGAAGAAUGCACCGUGAAACAGCUGCAGCGAUGGCUUCUUUGCCGUAGAGCUAAAACAACUAGAAAGAAAAUGCAGCUUGUUCAAAGGUAAGAAAGCUUUGAAAUUAUUCAAGAACUCUUAUUAUUGCCCCCUGUGCUUUACAUUACGAUGCUAGUCGACAAUUUUCUGAGAACAUUGUUAAUACGUUCGUGUUUUGUCUAUUGUGUUUCAGGGUAAAAGACUAUAUUGCUGGUGGCCUAAGCUCGAAGAUAAAGGACCCUGAUGGUGGAAUCCAUUUGGCUAAAGCUAAGGCAGACCUGAGACUCAUGGAAGAAAUUAACGCUAAAAAACUCAAAGAAAACUUUCCAGUGGACGGAUUUACAAAGGAUUUGAAUAUUUUACCUGCUAUAUCAUUUGGUACAAUAUGGAGGUACAUGAUUGAAGAGAGUGAUGCUAAGAAGCAAUUAUCCACAGCAAAACCUCUUGUCAAGGGAUACAAUUUUUUUAAAUCUGGCCAUGUCCUUAGCAUUAAAUGCAGGGAAUCUGACGGAAAGUUUUAUGUUAAAAGUCAAGUUCUUCCAUCAAUGAAAAAGACAGUGUUGUAUAAUUGCUUCAUUGUUUUCAACAAAGAUGGCAGUGUAGUAACAGCUUAUGAUGGUUGCCCAGCUGGAGUUGACGGGCGUUGCAACCAUGUAACUUCAACACUAUUUGCACUGGAGGAGUUCUUCAAACAAAGUAAAGCACCUGUAAAUCCUUCCUUAACCCCUGCACUUUCUUGCACUUCAAAGCCAUGUGCAUGGAAUGUCCCAAGAAAAAGAAAGAUUGACAAUCUGCCAAUUGCCAAAGCCAAAUUUAAAAAACAUCAACAUGGCAAACUAAGCAAGAGUGAGGAUAAAUCUCCUCCAUCAACAAGGGAUGUUACAGCACCACACCAGCAGUACCCGAAUACAAACACUGACAUGUAUAAUUUAUUGCACCGUGUCAAGGAGAUUGAGAAUAAGACAGGCAAGAAAAUGGCCUUAAGUCUCAUUUUACCGCAGAAAACUUUGGAGGAAAAUAAAGAAAUGAUUUUGGUUGAACAUAAUUACUGCACACCCUUGACUCACAUUGAACCAGUUGAACCAGAACAAGGAAAUGGUAGUCCAGUGUCAACUGAACUGUUAUCACCAGUGAAAUGCCAUCCAGUGAGUUUGGAAGAAAUAAAGGAAAGGUGCAUGCAUAAAAGUUAAGAAAAGGCUCUUUGCUGAUGAAAAGGAUGUUGAUCAAAUUGAAAAAAAGAAACCAUGGGCCAAUCAGUAAAUGAAAACUGGAAUCUGCAUCGAAAAAUAAGAAUAACUGCAUCUAAAUGCCAUCAAAUUGCCACUCUGCAAGCAACUACCUCCCUUACAAAGGCCAUUAGUGAAGUCUUACAUUACAAGCAGAUCCCUCAAACAAUUUAUAUGAAAGAGGGCUUGUCAAGAGAAGGUGCUGUUAUUGCAGAAUACAUCAAAUCAAGGAAACUGAACAAUCAAAAUGUCCUAGUGAGACCAUGUGGACUUUUCAUCAGCAAAUCACAUAAUUUCUUGGCUGCAUCUCCAGAUGGCUUAGUAUACAAUGCCGACUCCACUGAGCCAAGUUCCAGUGGACUUAUUGAAAUAAAACUUGUCUUCCUAAAGGAGAAUGAGACUUUGCAUGAUGGACUUAUCAGAAAAAGAAUCUUUCUUCCUGGUUCAACUGAUGGACAGCUGGUUAUCAACCAGAAACACAAGUAUCACUAUCAAGUCCAGCAACAGUUGUUUGUUACAGAGAAAUCAUGGGUGGAUCUGGUGAUUAAGGGAGUUAAAGAGCUUACAGACAGAUCAUUUGUAGACAUUGAAGGUGUUUUCAUUUCGACAGUAAACUUUGAUCGUAAAUUCUGGAGUUCAGUGCUCCCAAAACUGGAGGCAUUUUACAAUGAGCACAUUCUUGUAGAACUUGCUUAUCCGCGUGUUAAAUAUGGCCUUUCAAGAUUUGACAUGAGAGGAUGUUGA